AUUUUGCCUCACUCAGACUUCUGCAGGCUAUGAGCGGUGCUCUGUGCAGCAGUAGCUCUGGCAACUCUCAUAUGCUGUGCUGUGUUUGUCUAGAGUGUCUGUGUUUUGAUUUGGACUAUAGAAGUCAAGAGGUCCCUAUUCCAGAAGCAAAACAUGGUGUAUGUUAUUGUUUGGAGACAUACUGAUAUGAAUAGAUUUUUUGGAGACUUUUGCAACUCUUGAAAUUAAAUUUUUGUGAACUCAAGAGAAGGUAUGACCCUGGAACGUUCUUCAUCAAUUUUGUUACCUUUAUUGUAUUCUGUUAUGCUUAAUCCUUCUUAUAUAGUCUUAACUGGUCACAGGAAACCGUUUGAUCUUCAUUUCCUUAUCUCACAACCCCUUCUACAAUCCUGCACAUUUUACCCUUGAGAGGACAGCUUAAGGAAUUGGUUGACUUCACUGCAGGUGCUUUGGACAAUAUUGCCAGCUGACCUUCAGCACAGAUAUGCAAACCUUUUGUUAAUGUUGCUGUUUCCAACAGCCCUAUUUUUGUUUGCAAAGGGAAAUAUCUCUGUCUUACAAUUACUGAACUGCUCCUAAGCAUGACUGAUUUCAGAGGAGUGCUAGGCACUUUUUUUUCUUCUCCUUACAGAGUCUAUUGAUUUUUGCCAAUGCUCAGUUCAUUGAGAUCCAGCCAUGUGAAAGACCGAGGUAAAGGGGAAAAGACAGAAGAUUGAGUUCUGGUGGAAGAGAUUACUGAGAAAGCACAGACACAGGAUCACGUUGCAGGCCAUCAGCACUGCGUUUAGGACAACUGAACCUUAUCCAAGAAGACAAGGUCCAGGACAAUGAACCAGUCAGAGCUGAUCGAACCGGUCCCAAGUGUAAACAGCAGCCUUAGCAAUCACUUCAGUGUGUCCCUAAACCACUCCUGCCCCCUAGGCUGGGGGGAGAACAAGGUCAUGGAAGCUUGCGUCUUAGAGACUGCGGUCAUUGUGAUGCUGACGGUGCUCAUCAUUGCUGGGAAUUUAACAGUGAUCUUUGUGUUUCAUUGUGCCCCAUUGUUACACCACUACACCACUAGUUACUUCAUCCAGACUAUGGCCUACGCGGAUCUGUUGGUGGGGCUAAGUUGCCUGGUUCCCACCCUUUCCCUGCUCCAUUACCCAGCUGGUGUCCAAGAACCACUCACCUGUCAGGUGUUCAGCUAUGUUAUCUCUGUACUCAAGAGCGUUUCGAUGGCUUGUUUGGCUUGCAUUAGUGUGGACCGCUAUCUGGCUAUUACUAAGCCCCUCUCCUACAACCAGCUGGUAACACCCUGCCGCCUUCGCUGCUGCAUCGUUCUCAUAUGGAUCUACUCUUGCGUGGUGUUUCUCCCAUCUUUCUUCGGCUGGGGUAAGCCAGGGUACCAUGGGGAUAUCUUUGAAUGGUGUGCCCACUCUUGGCCCACAUCUGCACUCUUCACUGGCUUUGUUGUGUGCCUGUUGUAUGCCCCUGCGGCCCUGGUGGUCUGUUUCACCUACUUCCACAUCUUCCGCAUCUGCCAGCAGCAUAACCGAGAAAUCAGCGAGCGACGGGCACGCUUUCCCAGCCAGGAGAUGGAAACUGCCGAAGGAGGCAACCACACAGGCCACGGGCCAGACCGGAGGUACGCCAUGGUGCUCUUUCGGAUCACCAGUGUUUUCUACAUGCUUUGGCUCCCCUACAUUUUCUAUUUCCUUCUGGAGAGUUCUCAUGUGCUGGACAGCCCUGCCCUCUCAUUUGUGACCACCUGGUUAGCAAUUAGCAACAGCUUCUGCAACUGCGUCAUUUAUAGCCUGUCCAACAGCGUAUUCCGGCUGGGAAUGCGUAGACUCUCACAGACGCUCUGCUCCUCCUGCUCUUUCAGCCCGUGCACUCAUGAUGAUAAGGACUUUGGAGAGCCAAAGCCAAGAAAGAGAGCCAACUCCUGCUCCAUUUGAAGAUCUUAAAGGGUUGCUUGGAACAGUCAUAAGCUGCUAAAUGUUGUUGCAAUGGAUUUGGCCCAGAUUUUAAUGUAACUGUACCUCUAACUAAAAGUUAAUGAUUGUGUCUUAUACAAAGUUAGAAGAAACUAGCAACAGUGAGGAUGAUUGAAGUUGUCUAAUAGUAAUGUGAUCUACAUUCCCUGUAAAUAUUAUGAUGACCUGCCUUGGUCCUGUUAAUACCACAGAAUUGUCACUGGCCACAACUUGUUUGAAAAUUUUGUUUUUAGAGCAUUUGUGAGCAAAAGACAAAGCCAGGGGGUGAGUUCAAAGCUCUCGCUUGUGAUGGCUCUUUCCAAAUAGAGCAUACUUGCUAACUUUAGGUACAUAACCCAUGUUGCUGGAUUGAUUGUUUUUAUGUUUGUUGAAUUAGAUUUUUGUCACAGCUGUA